AUGCCGCACCUGAUCGUGCGCGACCUCGACGUGGGCAGCCGCUUCUCAAAGUCACACGACCUCGACUGCGUCACCCUAGAGGGCGACUCCGUCAACCGGAAGGGCGCGCUCUCUGGCGGGUACACCGACCUGCGCCGCUCGCGGCUGCGCGCGCAGCUCGACCGGCUCAGGCUGCGCGAGGCGCUCGCGGCGUCCGAGGCGGAGCUCGCGGCCGUGGUGGGCGAGGGCGAGAGGCUCGACGCCGAGGUGACGCGCGUGCUGUCGGACAGGGCCAAGACCUCUCCUGGACCUCUCCUGGAGCCUUCCUGCAGGUGA